AUGCUGCCUUUGUCUCGAUCAUUGUCACUGCUGUCGUCGCGGCUUUUGCAGUCACUAGACCGACCUGACUUGAUGACGACACUCGUCUUUCUGUAUAUUUUAUGCUCACAUGUGCUUAUCCAGAUGGUGAACGGCUGCGAGAUGAACGGGACGGCCGUGGUGGACUCGGACGUGACGGUAGGACCGUCAACGUCGUCCGCUAGGUCCAAUAAGCGUCGUGUACGUGGCACCACCAGCCGCACGGUCACCUUGCAAAUGCUGUUGGAGACGAACAUACUCGAGCCGGGAAACUCUGUCUUGUCACUCGAGUACAUGGGUCAACGAUUUGUGGGAGAUUUAUUACCAGAUGGUAAAAUACGAUCAGUUGAGACAUUAAAUGAAUUUGCAUCUCCUAGUGCAUGGGCCUAUAAUUGUAAAAGUAUAAUUAACAAAAUAAAAAAAGCUGGCUGUGGUUGGUCAUCAAUUCGAUAUAAAGGAAAGAAAUUGGAUGCAUACAAGCAUGCAUAUUUUAGAAAAAGAGAAUCAUCUAAUGUAGAGCACAAUAUAGUUCCAGUUGAAGAUGCAGAAUCUGAUGUCUCAUAUGCAAUUCAAAAUGAAGUUUUACCAUUGACUCCAUCAACUGAGUCACAUGUUGCAAAAGAACCUAUCAAAUUUAGUGAAAUUUGUUCGAGAUCUAGUAAUCAAAAUCUCAAUACAUUAGUGGAAUGUACAGAUUGGUCCUAUAUUAAUAAAGUCCAACCAUUUCAUGUGAAUAUAUCAUCAAACGCAAAAUUAUUACUAGAUUUUCACUGCCAUCUGAUGAGUUCAGAAGUCGUUGGGUAUCUUGCUGGAAAUUGGGAUUUUUCUACACAAACACUGACUGUGAAAAACGCAUACCCAUUCAGAAGUCGUCUACAUGAUGCUGAACUCACGUCAUUGAUCGAAGAAGAAAUACGAAACACUUUUACAGCUAAAAACAUGGUGCUAGUUGGAUGGUAUCAUUCGCAUCCUGAAACGAUCGCUACACCCACAUUAAGAGAUAUCGAAGCCCAACUCGAUUAUGAAGUACAAAUAAAAGGACCAACCGUCGAAUCGUACAUUCCAUGUGUCGGAAUCAUUUGUUCUCCUUACGACAAAGGCAAAUCGACCCUUGAUUCAACUAUCACUUGUUAUUGGGUACUACCAUCGUUUGAAAAUGAAAUACACGAUUAUGGACGUCCAAUGAACAUGCAUUUUACUACUAAACCAGAAAAAUCAUUAACACUAGAUAUUGUUAUGGCAUUAAAAAAAUGUGUUGAUUUCAAUAAAUAUGAACCGGAUGUAAUUAAUUUUAAAGACAAAUACAAAAACGAUGUGACUUAUUUGGAAAAACUUAAGAUUUCGUUGAUGGAUAAAUUUCCAAAAGAUGAUACAAUACAUAGAUUUUUAUGGAAUUUCUUAAGUGAAAUAGUUUGUAUUGGUAGUUCAGGCGAUACUGCCAAAAAUAAUUUGCAAAAUUUGAUUGCUGUAAUCUCAUCACGUCAACUCUUACUGUCAACUUCAAGUUUUCAAACACCUAAUGCUUUGGUUGAACAUUUAGAGUCUUAUUUGAAAUCAUGUAAUGCUAACAGUUUGACGUUAGAAGAUGUUCCUACAACUAGUGAUGGGUCAAACAUAACCUCAGCGAGUAUCGCCAGUUCUCUAUUUAACGAUUUAGACUUUUCUAAAGCAAUGUCUUUGAUAGGACUAUCUCCGUCACGGUAUCAAACCGAUCCUUUGAAAUAG